AUGGAUGAAAUUCGGCCUGGUGCCGGCCGCUCUCGUGCUGCUGCUGCUGAUGCUGUGACUGCGCCUGCUGCUACAAAUGCAGCUGUUGGUGCACCUGCACCACCACCCAAGGUCCAGCAGCCGAAACCCCAAGCCUUGCCUUCGCGAUCCGGUCCCAGCUCCAUCCUAGUCUCACCACGACAAAAGGGAAAUCCCAUUCUGAACAAUGUACGCUCCGUCGCGUGGGAGUACUCAGACAUCCCCGCCGACUACGUAGUCGGUGCCACGACAUGUGCCCUCUUCCUGUCGCUCAAGUACCACCGUCUGCAUCCAGAGUACAUCUACAACCGCAUUCGAGACCUCAAGGGCCAGUACAAUCUGCGCAUCCUGCUGACCAUGGUCGACAUCGAAAACCAUGAAGACCCCCUGCGCGAGCUGUCCAAGAUGUCACUGGUCAACAACGUUACUGUCAUGCUGUGCUGGAGCGCUCAGGAGGCUGGCCGCUACCUCGAGCUGUUCAAGACGUUUGAGAAUGCGGCGCCAACCAGCAUCCGCGCUCAACAGGCUGGCACGUACCCAGAAAAGAUGGUCGAUUUCAUCACCGUGCCCCGCAGCAUCAACAAGACGGAUGCCGUUGGCUUGGUCUCCAACUUUGGCAGCAUCCGCACUGCCAUCAACGCCGGGCCCGAAGAGAUUGGCCUGAUUGCAGGGUGGGGCGACAAGAAGGUUCAGCGAUGGUGCAACGCAGUCAGAGAGCCGUUUAGGGUCCAAAAGGCAGCCAGGCGUGUCGGUCAAGAUAGCAAUCCAGCCAUCACCGCGACAGUUGCUGAUGAAACAGCACAACAAAGAGUCGACGAUGCUGGUCCUCUUGCAAGGGAACUGGAGAGAUCUGCUCCUUUUGCAACUUCCGAAUCAGAUGCGGACAAGCGACCCGACCAUGGUCCGGCUGAAGAUUUCGAAGACGAGGAAGAGGCAAUGCGCGAAGCAGAAAUGCAUCGCGCAACUGACACUAACCAGGCGCAGUCAGCUGCUUCCAAACCGCCAAAGAGGAAGCAGGCAGAGGAAGACAUGAGCGAGGGCGUCAUGGCAGCGCUCAACAAGCUGAGGAAGCAGUAA